AUAGAACGAGACGAGGAUUGGUCGAGAGCGCGUAGGAAGAGGACGAGGCAAGCAGAGCCGUUCGCGUACCGUCCAAGUGAUGCGGUUUUCUCCAGUGUCGCGUAGAGUGUAGUGUGUCUCUCUCGCCUUCCUCUUUACCCCCCUCCGUAUUUCUUUGGCGCGUCGAGAGUGUUCAGUGUGCGUCGAUGUGGAGGUGGUCCGGGCUUCUUCUUACCGAUGACUAAGGAGUGCAUUUAGUGCAAGGACUGAGAAUACCUGGGAGCGUUUGAGAAGUACAUCCCCCGAGACCCCCCCAGCCAAAAUCACACGCCUAACCUCUCCCCUGUCCUCCUUAUCCUCUUCCGCACCCUUUCCCUCCGCAAACUUCGACAAGAAGACGUCUCAUCACAGAAGUAGCAGUCGUGAGCUCGCAAUGGACGGCAUGGAUAAUAAACCAGCGCUCAAUGAUGACCCUUCGGUCACCUUGACCAUUCGCCUUAUCAUGCAGGGCAAGGAGGUAGGAAGUAUCAUCGGAAAAAAGGGAGAAAUCGUCAAAAGGUUCCGUGAAGAGUCCGGUGCAAAGAUCAACAUAUCCGAUGGAUCUUGUCCCGAACGGAUAGUGACCGUAACCGGGCCAACGAAUUCGAUCUUCAAGGCGUUCACGUUGAUAUGCAAGAAAUUUGAGGAAUGGUGCUCCCAGUUCCAUGACAUCCAGGGUGGUGGUGCUGGUGGUGGCGGUGGCGUACCAAGGCCACCGAUUACACUGAGACUGAUUGUACCAGCUUCUCAAUGUGGCUCGCUCAUCGGUAAAGGUGGCUCAAAGAUCAAGGAGAUACGCGAGGUUACAGGGGCCUCGAUUCAGGUCGCCUCCGAAAUGUUGCCGAAUUCGACGGAACGAGCGGUCACCAUAUCAGGCACGAGCGAAGCCAUAACGCAAUGCAUAUACCACAUCUGCUGUGUUAUGCUAGAGUCCCCUCCCAAAGGUGCCACGAUCCCUUAUCGCCCCAAACCCCAAGUUGGUGGGCCACUGAUCCUGGCUGGUGGGCAAGCCUACACCAUCCAGGGUAAUUACGCGGUGCCCGCCCACUCGGACGUAAGUACAGUAUUGCCAUUGCCCGCGCCCGCUGCCGGGCCCACCCCGCCCUCGCUGAACACCCAAACUUUGACGACCUCGCCCUUCGCGGCCCACCCUUCCUCCUCGGCCUUUGCCGCUUCUCACGGGCAUCCGCUCCUAUCCACCGCCCACCUUACCAGCCCACAUCAUCCUCUACACCCAAGCCCCUUACACGCCAGCGUGGCAGGCCUCGCCGACCCCCUGCUGAAGAGUGGACACUUGCAGGCAGCCCUCCCGCCCGCACACCUCGUGGCAGACGCCAUGGGCAAGCUUGGCAGUAAUCCUCUUGCUGGCCUGGCGGCUUUGGGCCUUGGUAGUCUGGCCACUCCUGCUAAUACCGGUGGAAUUAAUCCGGCAGCAUUGGCGGCAUUAGCGGGUAGCCAAUUACGUACGAACAACACGAAUCGACAACAGCCAGCGGCGAACAAUCAGACGCACGAGAUGACAGUACCGAACGAGUUGAUCGGCUGUAUCAUCGGCAAAGGUGGUACCAAGAUAGCUGAGAUACGUCAGAUAUCAGGUGCCAUGAUCAGAAUUAGCAACUGCGAGGAGAGAGAAGGUGGUGCCACGGAUCGUACCAUCACUAUUACAGGAAAUCCGGACGCUGUUGCGUUGGCACAGUAUCUCAUCAAUAUGAGGAUAACAAUGGAAACGUCAGGACUGCCUGUACCAACGUACCACUUCAUAACGCCGGACCACAUCGUCAAAUCACCGAUUCAUUGAAUAUCGCGGACGUUAGCCGCCACGUAUGGUCGUUAUCGUCGUCGAAAGGACGCGGGGCGUCGCGACGUACGCGAGGAGACUGUCCCUGGCAUCUGGAAGCGUCUCACUAUAGUGUGUUCGACCAGUUUGCUAAUCGACACGCUUGGGAUAAUAAAAAAGAUAAAAAAUAGAGAAAUAAAGAGAGAAGGGAGAUUAGAGACAGAAAAAGAGGUAGAGAAAGAGAAAGAGAGAGAGAGAGAAGGGGGAGGGUUAUAUUAUUAUAUCUAAGGGAAAGAAAAGAGAGAGAGGGAGAAAGAGAGAAAAAUGCACGAUCGUAGAGAGAGAGAGAGAGAGAGAGAGAGACAAAUUAAACACUCGACACGCACGUAAAAAUACGUAUAGACACGAGAGAGAAUACACGCUAUGAAACACACACAUCCAUAUUACACAUAUACAUUAAUCACACGCGUUUUUUCAUCAUAUUGUAUAUAUAUACAUAUAUAUAUGUAUAUGUAUAGAUAUAUGUGUAUGUGUAUAUAUAUAUAUAUAUACAUAUGUAUAUAUAAAUAUACGUAAGAAAUCGAGAAAAUUAUACUCGAUGACAAGAGACAAUGAUGUGUAUAUAAAAGAGAAGCACACACGCGAUUUCGUUUAUUAAAAAUUACGAGAUCAUACGCGUAAUACCACGAGAGUAUAUACACAAUAAGAAAGAACAAAAAAAAAAAAGAAAGAGAGAGAGAGAGAAACACGUAUACACUUAAAACAUAUGUAGAAAGAGUGAAAGAGAGGGAGAUAAGGAAAGAGACGAAGAAGACACGCACGCGCGUACACGAACACACUCGAGUGUACAAAACUGUACAAAAGAUAUUUAAACAAAGGUAACAAAGAUGAAAAUAACGAAAAAAAAAAAAAAGACAAAAACAAAAAAAAAAUGUAAUGAAGAAAAGAAAAAGAAAAUUAAACAUACACACAACAAACAAUGAUGUACGCCGCAGCCAUAAUGCGCUGCUGCCGAUUGGUAAAGGGAACAAGCCAAAGAUACGUUAGUUUUCAUUUUUAUAUUUAAACAAAAAAAUGAUGCGAGAGAGACGGGAGAGAGAUACAAGAGAGAAAGAGAGAGAGAGAGAGAAAGAGCGAAAGUGAGAGAGAGAGAUUGAGAGAGAGAGAGAGAGAGAGAUUGAGAGAGUUAAUUAAUUAUUAAUUAUUAACUAUAUACGAACGCGAUGAUGAUGCUAAAAAAAUACUCUUAGGGCUGGUCGUUUUAGAAUCUUUUUUUUUUCUCCUCAUCGCCAACUCUCCGCACUGACAAUGAUCGUACGUUUAAAUAUAAAAAAAGAAAAAAAAGAAAAAAAAAAAGAGGAAAAGAAAAAAUGAGAGAUAGGCAGACACGGAUUAAGAAUAUCUUUAAAAAUAAAAUGGCGAUCAUCGUCGUUGCUCAGCACGGAGUAUCGAGGAGGAGAAAAAAAAAGAAUAAGAAAUAAAUAAAUAAAUAAAUAAAUAUCGAGACAAUUUAAUCGCGCGCGCGGUAAUUAAUUAAUUAAAACUACUCGAUUGAUUGAUUGAUUGAUUGAUUGAUUGAUUGAUUGAUUGAUCGAUUGAUCCGAUCGAUUAAUUGGUAGUUUUUUUAACGUAGCUUUUGCAUGCGAGACUCGAUUUCAAAAUUCUCGGACGAACGAUAAUAUAAAAACCGUACAUACGUACUUUUCUCCUGUUUCUUCUUCGAUUUCUACUUCUACUUCUAUUUCUACUUCUUCCACUUCUAAUUAUAAAUCAUAAUUCUAAUUCUUAAUCUCGGUCCUCUCCAGCAUUUUAUUUCUCUAACCUUUAAACAUCGAUAAUCUUUGUUGUUUUAUUUAUUUUCGCGCGAUCGAGAACGAUGGAGGAUCCUACCAUCAGAAUUAUUAAUUCCAAACUAAUAUCGUAUCUCAUCUAAAGAUACAAUCGAUAAUUAUUAAUAAUAAUACAUAAAAAUAAUAAUAAUAAUUAUUAUUAUUAUUAUUAUUCUUUUAUUAAUAUUAAUUAAAUAAUUAUUUAUAAUUAUAAUAAUGAAUGAUAAUUAAUUAAUUAAUAAUAAUAAUAAUAAUAAUAAUAAUAAUAAUCACAAUAAUAAUGAGUAGUAAUAAUAAUAAUUAUUAUUAUUAUUGUUAUUAUUAAUAUAAUUAUUAUCGAUUUUUUGCGAAGUUAAUCGUCGCGGAGAUCCUCUACUUCCGUUUCGAUUAUCACCUUUGACGUCGUCCUUACGGUGUUCUUUAUCUCGACCUCCCCCUCCCUUCACCCCUCCAUCUAUGAUCCCUCAUUCAAGAGAAGAAAAAGCGAAGCGACAAAAAAAAUAAGAGAGAGAGAGAGAGAGAGAGAGAGAGAGAAAGAGAAUGAUCAGAGAAAAAAGAAAAAUAGUAUCGUACAGACGCAUACGCAUACUUAAACGAUCCAGACGAUCGAAAUAAAAACAAAACAAAAAUAUAUAUAUAUAUAUUUGUGUGUAACGGGAAGAAAAAGAAAGAUUAAAAAAGAAUGUAUGGAUUAUUAAGGAAAUAAAGAUAAAACAAAAAAAAAAUAAAAAAUAAAGAAAUAAAAAAGACAAAAACAUUGAAGGCAUUCGUCGCGAUUCGUCAAAAACGUUUUACUGCUAGUCGCGCUCUUCUGUUUUGGAGGAAUGAAAUUAUUACGUGGAAUAUAAAUAACGAUAUAUAUAUUAAUAUUAUUAUAUAUAUAUAUAUAUAUUUAUUAUACGAUUAUAAAAAGAUAAAGAAAGAAAGAUAGAGAGAGAGAGAGAGAGAGAGAAAGAAAAUGAAAAAAAAGAAAUGGGCAAAAGAAGACAUAUAAAAAAACGCGCAAUUAAAGGAGAAGAUAUAAUAUAUUGACCGAUGAAAAGAUGCGAUUUCUCUCGAAGAGGAAAGAAAGAAGAAAGAAAAACAAGUGAAAAAAAGAAAGAGUAAGAGAAAGAAAAACUUGCCGAUUAUCAGGAAAGAAGACAAAAUUCUCCUACGAUUUCCGAGCAUAUAAAACAUACAGCAUCUCGUUCUUCCUUUAAUCACGAUUAAAAUAUUUCUAUCCAUUUUGCCGUUCGUUCAUGUUCUAUGAAAUUUCUUUAUCUUCCUUCUAUUCUCCUUUUAAUUCUCCUACUACGAUAUGCAACAACGUUCUGCUGUGUAACUUCCAAUUUGUGCCAAAAGAAAGAAAAAAAGGAAAAGAAAAGACAAGAAAAGAAAAUAAAAAAAAGGAAAAAAAAAGAACAACAAAAAGAA